GAGCAGAACCGAGCCGAGCCGAGGGCAGCGCGCGGCCCGGGGCUGCUGCGGUUGCGGUGGCGGUGGGCGCUGCUCCGCGGUCCCCGGGGCGGCAGCGCGCCGUGCCAGGCGGCGGCUCCGCGCUUUGGCGGGCGGGCCCAGCGCCGCCGGGCGUCCCGGGCUGCCGGCGGCCGAGCGGCCAAUGCGGGCGGGGCGCGUUGAGUGGCGGCGGCGGCGGCCAAUGCCGGGGCAGCCCGGGCCGGGAGGGAUGCGGCCGCCCGCGGCUGCUCCGCCGCCUUCACGCGCGGUUCUGUUCGCCCGGCAGAGGCUGUGCCGCGUCCGGCAGCUUCCAGCGGAAGGCACGAGAGGAAGACUUUCCAUUGCUCCCUGAUUGGAAUGGAGAUUUCUUCCCACCAGUUUCACCUCCUGGAGCAGCUGAACGAACAACGGAAGCAGGACUUGUUCUGUGACUGCAGCAUCCUGGUGGAGGGGAAGGUGUUCAGGGCACACCGCAAUGUGCUGUUUGCCAGCAGCGGGUACUUCAAGAUGCUCCUUUCGCAGAGCUCCAAAGAUACGAGUCAGCCAACCGUAGCGACUUUCGAGGUCUUCUCUCCAGAGACGUUUAUGGUUAUCCUGGACUUUGUGUAUUCGGGAAUACUGCCCCUAACGGGUCAAAACGUGAUAGAAGUAAUGUCGGCAGCCAGCUACCUGCAGAUGACAGAUAUCCUUAACGUCUGCAAGACGUUCAUUAAGUCAUCUCUGGAUAUUAACGAAAAGGAGAAGGAUCACUACCUGAGCCUCUCAGCCAAAAGCACAAACGGUGAACCUGCUCAUGCGUCGCUUUAUCGUUCAAGGAGGAAAGCAAAGAGCAACCCAAGGCGCUCCUAUUCCAUUCCAGAUGAAAAGGCAGAUGUGGUGAAUGAAAAUUCCUGGAGCAGUUACAGCACUUAUCUGUCCUCACAGGUGAUCCUUCAGCGGGCAGAAACGCAGCUCUCAAAGAGGGGCAGAAAGCAGGGCUCGGCGAGGAAGCGCCGAAAGCACUUAGGGCUGUCACAGACACGGGAUUUUGUGCCGUGCAAAGCAAAUAAAGCUGAGCGGGCUGAGGGUUGUACUGCAUCAGAUUGCAACCACAACUCUCGAGCUAAAGAGGAGGCUGAAUUUGAUGCCGAGAAUGACGUUGAUCACGAUGAUGAUGGAUAUAAUCAUGAAUCAGAAGUGACACCCAAGAGGUGGUCUGUUGCUCAACUGGAGGAACUUUCACAAACUUCUGAGUUCAUGGAAUUAAAAGCAGAAGAACUGUACAGCUCAGUGCCCACAGUUUUAGGUGUAAUGAGUAGUUGGAAUGAAGAUGACUUACCUCGCCUGCGGUUCAAGUGCCCGUUCUGCACACACACGGUGAAGCGCCGCGCAGACCUGAAGCGCCACCUGCGGUGCCACACCGGGGAGCGGCCGUACCCAUGUGAGGCGUGUGGGAAGAGGUUCACCCGGCUGGAGCACCUGAGGAACCACUUCCAAACGAUACAUCAAGCUGGCAAACUUAUCUGCAGGAAGUGCAAGCGCCAGGUGAGCGAGCAGACGGGCUGCGUUGUGCAGCAGGGAACGCGGCGCUACAGGCUGUGCCACAACUGUCUGACAGAGACCAGCCUGGAGGGCGUCCCUGAAGGCGUGGAUGCGGAGCACUGCCCUGCCAGCUCCGGGGGAAGCAAACAUUCCAGGUGGGCUCUGGAGGAUGAUCAGAAGUCGGAUGGCGGCGCAGUGGAGGAAGAGCCGUACAAUUUGGUUGUCCGACGUGGUACCGACAGCCCUGCAGAUGAGGCAGAUGAAAAGGUGAAACCAAAUCUUAGGUAGAUAGUUUGUAUGUUUGUUACCGCUGUAUUCAGGAUUAAAUUGCCCCUGUCCCACCAGCUAAUACUGGUUUAUUAAGUUUCAUUAAUAUUAAAUGCUGUUAAAAUUCUGUUGCAAGGAGCAAAACGUGGGCUCCAAACAUGUUGGUUGGUGCUUACAAACAGCCAGCAGUGUGACUGUGCCCAGACGUCACCCAGGAGUCCCUGGCUGUCAGGAAACAGCUUAGAAGGAUUGCUUUGCAUUUUGACAAAGGUUUGCUCAGGGCUUCUGUUUGUAAUGGAAUAUAAACCUUUGUACAAGGAAGAUUCUAUGGUGUACAAAUUGAGAACAACCAAACAAGAACAAACAGCCAUGGAUAAUUUGCUUUGGAAAAGUCUUACAAAGGCAAGCAUGUAAGAAGUGUAAAACAUUUUUGUUGAUACUGUAAUUAACACAUAAAUACACUUUAAAAACUUA